AAUGGGUGCGAGGGUAAAGAAAAGGGGAUGUUAGCGACACCAAAGAGAUAGCAACCACUUCAGAUUCAACUGUGCAUACAAGUGGUAUUUAUCUCUCUCACGCUCUGCACCUUCCCCUUGCCUCAGCUCUGUCAUGCCUCGCUCAUUCCUGGUCAAGAGUAAGAGACCAGGGUCUCAUCCCCCUUGCUUCUCUAAAGGCACCAGACACACAAACCCUGACCAGCCACAACCUCAUACAAAUCAUCACGACAGGCAGAACAGGGCGUGGCAGGAAGUAAGGUCCCCACAUCGGAGCCCCUUCCAGGAGGACCAGGGCAACCUGUACUCAGGGUCAGAAGUCAAGGACACCCUGGACUACCCCUGUCCUAGCUGGGACGCCAUGGCAACCAGACCACACAGCACCUCGCCAGCUGACCUCUGGACCAGCAAGUCUGCAGAAACACAAGGGUACGAUGGUGUGGAGCCUUCCGAGUCUGCCCUGCCCUGGUCCCUACACUGGCCCCGGGGCCCUGACAGAGAGAGGGAGCUGGAGAAACUGGUCCAUGUCUUACUGAGCCACAGGCCACAUAUGGACCUCAAUUCCACCAGCCCAUGCCCCCUCUGUGAAAAGGUCUUGUACUCAGGAGCUGUACUGAAGACUCAUUUACUCAGGUCCCGUACAUGCGUGCAUGCAGUCCCAUUGGCCACAUCAGCCAAAGCCCCAGAGCACCCCUACGAGUUCAAACAAGCUCUGGGCACGUACGGAAGACCAAAGGAGCGUAGCCAUAGCUGUAAGGAGUGUGGGAAGGUAUUCAAGCGCUCCUCCACCCUGUCCACCCACCUGCUCAUCCACUCUGACACCAGGCCCUACCCCUGCCAGUACUGUGGCAAGAGGUUCCACCAGAAGUCAGACAUGAAGAAACACACCUUCAUACAUACAGGUGAGAAGCCCCAUGUGUGUCAGGUGUGUGGCAAGGCCUUCAGCCAGAGCUCCAACCUCAUCACCCACAGCCGUAAACACAGCAGCUACUGGCCCUUCAGCUGCACGCACUGCCAAAGCAGCUUCCAGCGCAGACUGGACCUACAGCGCCACCAGGAGACACAAUGUGUCCAUAGCAGCGUGUACACACAGAGCUGAGGCCACGGGUAUAAUGGAGAUUUGUAUUACAUAAGUACUGUAUGUAGCACAAGAAUGAGUGCUUUGUAUAGAUUGUUGACUGGUAUUUGCAGCUCCAUUUUUAUAUGGUACUUUGAUCAGUGACUGAGGCUAAGCACAUUACUUAUGUUCAAGUUAAUUGGGCAUUUGUUUUUAUGGAUUUGCUUUCGCUCACAGCUUUUCAGGUUGACCGUUUGGAUAGUGCCUUGAGGGGACCUGAUCACUUUAACAUCUCUAGCAAUGUCAUAUAGUGUACAAGCUGGAUUCCAUUAUUAGCGCAGAAGAUCAGCGUUGUAGCCAGUUGAAAUGUAAAGAUAAUUUUCGAUUCAGCCAACAUAUGCAACAUUUACCACGAAUGCUGUCUCCGCCAACACGGAAACGUUUCCUUUAAAUGUCAGUCACGCUUUAACGCUACGGAUUGAAUCCAGCCCUUUAGGUCCUGGUCUCUACUAUGCUGUAUGUCUAAAAAGACACCUUAUUAAAAAAAAGGUGGUUUGUAGAGUGACAAAGCAAACCCCUAUUUCUCACUGUAAUUGUCAAUUUUCCUCAGAGAGCCGUUACAAUUGUAGCUCCCAUUGUUGGUGUAUGAAUGAAGCUGCCAUUUUCACUUCACUGUGGCAGCCCACCCAAGGGCAUAAUAAUAUACAUUCAGGCCAUGGGGAACAUGACAGCAGUACGAGCAGAGAGAGACAAUGAUUAUGUUGAAGUGAUGCUCCACAAUUAUGGCGAGACAACGUGACUGCAUAUUUUCAGUGUCACAGCCUGGUCAGCAGGAGUAUAUAUAAAAAGGGAUUUAGAUAUAAAAUAAAAAAAUACUCUGUUUAAGUUUA